AUGUAUCGGAUGCGGAGCUCGAUUGCUGUAUUUUGUUUGUUUGUUUGUUUGUUUGGUUUUAAUUUUUAUAAUUUUUUUUAACAGUGUUGUGAUCUGAGUGACUGUGGCCUGCACCCGGUGUACUUUACAUUAAGAUACUUGGCACCAUUGAGCUGCUCUUGAAUUUAUAGAGUUCCAGUUUGGAGAUUUCAUGUCAUUCUAAUAUUACUGUAUCUUAGAGCAUCGACAUGAUCGCUAUUGAGCCUGUCGAUCACGAAAUUGCCGUUCCGCUUAGUGCUUGUACAUGAGCAACUGAGAAUUCGGUCUGUUUUUGGAAUUUUUAUUCGAAGUCUCAUAGUUUUAGCAUUCAAAUUAUAUAAGCUUUCUACUGCAGGAGGAGUGUUGGUGUAUAGUGAUUCCUCAUAUACUCAUGCCGGACGUCUGGGUCGGUUGCGUUAGUAGACGUCUAUGAGCUAGGUCUGGGUAUUGUCGAGAUAGAUUGCACGGUCCGGUUCUUUCUGACUGCUUGAUACCAGAGCUCUACUGUCCAGCUUUCUGUCCCAUGAUUUUUCAAUUUUUACUCCAAAAGUGGAAUCCCGAGGAUCUCAAUCAGCAAGCUCACACGAAGAGAUGGCCCCAGCAAAUGAUGCCUUCUCUUUGCAGGUAACGAAUGAUCUUAUGCAAAAGCUUGCGAAGGAGAAUAUUGUUCCAAAAAGGCCAGCUAAGAAAGCUCCUGCACCGAAACCAAGCGUAAAGCCAUCAGAGGCUCCGUUGGUUUCAAAGCAGGAUCUCCCACUGCCCUUUUAUCCUGGAUUUCUAUCGGCUCUGCCUGGAAUAAGCAAAGAACAAGGUCACCAACAAACACAGAAACAAAUCCACGACCUUGGCCCUAUCUACAAGGUUGUCGAAGAAUCUGAAAACCUGGGUGAGAAGCUACAGAAGCGAGAAAAGGAGGAGUUGGAGAAAGUAAAACAACUUGCUCGAGAACUGCAAGACAAGCAAUUCCGGGCUCCAUCGUAUACAAUACCUUGCCAGGCCGAGAAGGAUAGAUGUUUACAGUGCUAUCGGGAAUCUGCAAAGAGUCCUUUAGGGUGUACCGAGGCAGUAAGAAUCUAUAAGGAAUGCGCUCAACGUGCGCAGCAGAGUUUUGCUCAGAGAACAGCUACUUCCCAACAUUGAGAACUGUAAGGUUUAAAACUAACUUUUAAUAAGCUUCAAGCUGGCUUCCUGUUUGGUCACAUCGUUCUGCUCUAGGUAGAGCAGUCUAUUUGUAGAUCUUGAUGAGAAGCAUGAGGUAAAGUUGUAUGCCAAGUGAGAAAAUGGCUCAUGCAGGGCACCAUAUCAGCUUUUUGUCAAAUUUUUCAUGGUUAUUUAGCUUGAACAAAGUUUACUUUUUGGUUAUUAAUCGGGUUCUACAUUUACAUGUCAUCCAUAACUUCAUGUAGUCUAUCGCACUAUUUGUGUGGUCAUAUGGAUUACAUGGACACUUGGAUAGCAGAUUCAGAGGUAGACACAUGACAAGCCUGAACUGAGCCAUAGGCUGGUUCGAAACUUUUGUUCGGAGCAAUAUUUUACCUUCCAUUGCAUCCGUGAUUCACUUCAUAAAUGGACAUGGAAGCAGUAAAUUGUUAUUGCUAUCUCAUCACCGUAACAAUUUACACGGUGCAAUGUU